UGGACCCACAGAUAAUGGCGAUGACGAAAUCACCUAAAAUUACCGUGUCACAGCGGUCACCGCUUCACCACGGCGAAGUCGCCGUGGCGCUCGAGCACGAAUGCGUCCUCCAUGGACCAGUUCGACCGAGGUUUCGAGCACGAAGUCAUAUUUGGAAUCCUGGGGCGAUGUCACAUCUACUAGCAACCUGCCCCCGGGAUUGAUGGCGACGGCGGGCACCUUGGGGACGAAAUAGCGGUUCGAUUGGCUUUAAAUUCUGGAUCUUGGUUUGCCACGAUGGGGGCAACAUUCCAUACCACUUACGCUCAGGACCUACCGUUGGGAUCGACUCUGAUAGGCCCUUUCAGUGGUGAUGGGGCAACACUUGACUCUUGACGGCUUGCGGUGCAAAUUUCCAGACGUUCAUGCGGGACUCAUAUGUCGGAGAUCUUGAGCAUUGGGCUUGACAUUGAGACAAAUACAAGCAGGCAUCGUCACUGGAGAACGCCUUGUUCUUCUUUUCCCGAAGGCCCAGUCCACGCCGACCUUCGCACGCAGAAUUGCGAAACUACAAGAAGCGAGCGGAACAGAGCCAUAUAGUGGGCCACGAAACUCAGGUUAGGUAGAGUGAGACGAGGGAACGGGCUUACCGAACGCUCGUGACGACGCGAGGCGUCUUACGAAACCACAUAUCCUCGUAUAUCCUACCUUCAGAUCUCCGCGUCCUCAAAUUCGGAUUAAGGAGCGACGCCAACCCAACGUUAAAAUGCCCGCCUCGCCUCGUUGCCCUCUCUCUUUGUUCCGCACCACGACCCCCGUCGGAAAUACUCAGCCAUGGUAGGGAACAGGGAGCACGACUGGAUGCGCGAGACAGCUUUAGAGCUAGGAGAGCCGGAGGAGGAGGAGUACGACGUUUACGACUACUGGCCCUCCUUGCAGAUCGUGGUUGCUGCGCGUGAGGACGCCGCGAGUUCAUAUGAGCCCUCCCAGCCCGACACGGCAUACGACGAACAAGUCAAGGAACUAGAGCCCCUUCCACUGUCACUGGUCACGUUCGAAAAUAUCGUCGACUACCGCUUCGACUCCGCGUCCAAGCCAGGCGAGGGCGGUCAGGACGAAGAGGCGCAGGCUGCGAGCGUCGUUGCGACGCCUGGGUAUAGUCCACUAUUCAGGUUGGGACUCCUGUUCACGAUAGCUUCGGCAAACGGUUUGAGAGAGCGUAUGACGAAGAUGAGGCGUCGUCUGGAACGGGUCCUCCGUAAAUGUCGUGCCCGUAUCCUCGGCUCAAGGGCCUCGUGAGUCGUCUUCGAGGAGCAACCACCACCCCGAACUUCGAAGGCAAAAAAAAAAUGUAGAUAGCAGAUGCGCCGCCGCAGUCUUGAAGGGGGUGGCUAAUAUGGCGCCUCUUUACGUUCAUUGUCUUGGUGGUGUCGCUAUGGGCUUUGCCACGCUUUCGCGCUCUGUUAUGUACAGUACUUACUAUUACCUUCCCCUCGCACCAGAUCACGCUAGCAUGUUUUCGAUACAGCCUAUAUUGCA